AUGUGGCGGCAUGGAGACCGAUCUCCUACAAGGACUUAUAAGAAUGAUCCAAUCCGAGAGGCGAACUGGACAUUUGGUGGUGGCGGAUGGGGGCAGUUGUCACCUAUCGGGAUGCGACAGAUGUACAAUCUCGGCAAAUUGAUACGACGAAAAUAUGUCGACAAUGGAUUUUUAUCUGGGAAAUAUUCCUCAAAAGAGAUCUACAUACGCUCAACAGACGUUAACAGAACCAUUAUAUCGGCAAUGUGUAAUGUGAUGGGAAUGUACGGUGAUACAGGAAAUGCAGGCACAGACUACCCAAGUGAGUCGAACUGGCCUGUUGGAUAUACCCCCGUAGCUGUGCAUACAACGUUCAAUGACGCAGGUAACCACGGACGCUGCAAACGUCGUGUGCAACUAUGGGAGUUGGCAAAAACCUCUCGUGAACUGCAGGAUUACAGGAAUAGACAGGAUCUGUCAAGCUUCCUCAAGUUCUUGGAGGAGAAAUCAGGUGAAACUAUCAGUUUCGAUGGUGUUUAUGUUGUCCGCGAUCCCCUAUAUAUUGAGGUUAGGAAUUAUCUUUCAAAAGUAUAA